CCCCACAACUAUUUCCCAUUUGCCACACCACAAAACACCACCACACAAAGUCAAAACAAAAUUAACCAUGGCUACUUCUUCUUCAACAACAAAAACUUCACUUUCACUUUUUCUCCUUUUUACCCUUGUUGCCCUCUCACAAGCCACCUACUCUGGUCUCAUAUUAACCCUAGUUAACAACUGUCCUUACACAAUCUGGCCCGCUAUUCAACCCAAUGCUGGCCACCCAGUGCUCGAGCGCGGUGGGUUUGCGCUUCAUUCGCUAACCCACCGCUCUUUUGCGGGACCAACUGCACACUGGUCUGGCCGUGUUUGGGCUAGAACUGAGUGCAGUUAUGUGCAGGGUAAGUUUAGUUGUGCCACUGGUGAUUGUGGUGGUCGUAUUGAAUGUGAUGGACUUGGUGGGGCUCCACCUGCCACCUUGGCACAGUUUGUAUUACAUCAUGGACAUGCUGAUUUUUCGUCUUAUGGUGUUAGCCUUGUUGAUGGGUUUAAUAUUCCUCUUACUGUUACACCACAUGAAGGUAAAGGGCAGUGUCCAGUUGUUGGGUGCAGGGCUAAGUUGUUGGAAACAUGUCCUGCAGUUUUGCAAUUGAGGUCACAUGGUGGUCAUGGUCCUGUUAUUGGGUGUAAAAGUGGUUGUGAAGCUUAUAAAACUGAUGAACUUUGUUGUAGGAAUCAUUUUAAUAGUCCACAGUCUUGUAAACCAUCGAGUUAUUCACAGUUCUUUAAGCAUGCUUGUCCUGCUACAUUCACAUAUGCUCAUGAUAGCCCUUCACUUAUGCACGAGUGCUCGUCUCCGCGUGAACUAAAGGUCAUUUUCUGUCACUAAAAUGGAGAAAAUUAAGGUGUUCUUGUUGAUGUCGUUGGCAUUUGAAGAUGACCUUAUGGGAAAUUUGGGUAUUUAUAAGGAUUAGUGUUAAGUGUUAGUAUAGGUUAGUUUUGCUCUGUACGUUUACAUUUAAUUGUAAGGUUGUUUGUGUUGUAUGAGAUUUGAAAUUGUAAUGGUAAUGGUAAUGUUUCUUUCA